AGAGCCAAAUUCCAGGACUUGACAUACAAAAACGAGUGACAAAACCUACUGUCUAUCUGGAGCUUGCACGAUCACUUCAAGCAAAUCAUCAGUGUCUUGUUGCAGGAUUGCUUACCGGUAGAUUUACGGAGAGUGCUUCUGUUAUGUAUCGAUCAGUUGAAAGAAAACUCAUAUAUUGCAGUCAACUGUCCGCAGUCUAUGUAUUUUCCAUUGCCUUCAAAUCUCGGGUGAAAAUUCGAGCCAUACUCAACAUUAUUAAGUGAUGAAGUUGAUGUGCUGGUGGAUAAAUAGGCAAGACUUUCCCUGCCUACGACCCGCGGACUGGUGAGGUGAUUGCUCGUGUGGCCGAAGGGGAUCAUGAAGAUAUCGACAGGGCAGUGUCCGCCGUUCGCAGGGCGUUCAAUGAGGGACCCUGGCCUCAUCCUAGUACAACACUGAAAGAUUAAUAAUUUAUCCGGUAUUUUGCAUUUACGUGCUUGACCUUUCUGGCUCAGGAGAGGUCGUUGGUUCUGCUGCGGUUUGCUGAUCUGGUCGAAAAGCACAGCGAGGAGCUCACGGCCCUAGAGACAUGGAACAACGGGAAGCCCUAUGAGCAGUCUUUACAUUCUGAGUUGCCUUCACUGGCAGACCCUUCACGAACCUAUUGGCAUCGUUGGCCAGAUCAUCCCGCAGAACUUUCCCCUCAGCCUAUUCGCUUGGAAGGUGGGGCCAGCGCUAGCUCGGGGGAAUACAGUCAUCCUAAAGAGUGCAGAGCAGACCACCUUGACUGCUCUCUAUGCUGCUAAACUUCUACAUGAGCCCUUGCGAGCCAUAUGGAGGCGGACAAGGAUUGCAGCUUUCCUUCACAGGAUCAACUGAGGCUGGUAAGAUCAUCCUCGAACUUGCGGCAAAGGGCAAUCUCAAGCCUGUCAUGCUGGAGCUUGGAGGAAAAUCAUCCUUCAUUAUAUGCGAGGAUGCAGAUGUGGACAAGGCUGUAGACACUGCACCCUUUGCUCUUU